UUUCGUACUUUUAUUCUGUCUUAACGUAUAAAUACAUAUCUAUAACGCACAGGCUCAUUACUUGAUUUGAGCGCGCGUUUCAAAUAGUUUGAUGAAUGUUUUUUAAACGUACGUCUAUUUUUCUUCAUCCGUAAAUAAUUUUUGACAAUUUUCGAUCGCGAUUCGACGUUUAAAUAUUUUUUUUUCAUACUCUUUUAAACUGAACCUUGUAUUUAUCAAUAUGAAAAACUUGUGCAUAUUUUUGAUUCUCUGCGCAUUAUUGGCCCUUGGAUUAACGCGUCCUCCUGCGUGGGAAGUUUAUGAAUCCAUUCAUUUUACCAAUUGCACCCAACCAAAAGGACAAGAAAAUGUGACCUUGAUUGAAGGACCGAUGAGUGUCAUUGAUUUAUGUCAGUACUGUGCGAAAUUUACCAUGUCUGCCGAAGUAUAUCCCAUGUGCUGCAAAGAUACAGAUGAUGUUCGAAACUGGUGCAUAAAAGCAUCAAACUUUGGUAAAGAAUGAAUGAAAUCCCGUAG